UAUUAAUCCACUGACCGGUUCGACCUGAUGAUGCCACCCGAUAUAAUCUAUCCGGUGACCCGAUAGACUAACCGGUUCACCUUUAAAUUCUUUUCUGCUCAGUGAGUCGCCGCCGUGGUCUCGAGUCGAAUUCGUGGUCUCUCCUCCGCGCGUCGACGUCGUGCCACCGUCUCUUCUCUUCCCUCCAUCAUCUAAUCGCUCCUUAACCAUUCGCCGUCUUCCCUUGGUUCGUCUCGUCAUCUUGAAAACAAGCCAAUGCAAAGCUUGUAACUUGGAGAUAUUAAGCAGCUAAUUUGCACCUAUACUACACUUCAAUGGCUGCUUCUGAUCAACGCCGAUCUCGCCAGGACGAUGGAAGCCCUUCGAAACCCAACAAGAAGAAGAAGGCAAACAAAAACCCUGAAACGAAUCUCCUCUUCAACCUCAAUUCAUGCUCCAAGUCUAAGGAUCUCUCAGCUGCAUUAGCUCUUUAUGAUGCAGCCAUCACUUCCAACGAAGUCCGUCUCAGCCAACAACAUUUUCAGACCCUUCUUUACCUCUGCUCGGCUUCCAUUAGCGACCCAUCUCUUCAAACCCUCGCCAUCGACCGUGGCUUCCAGAUUUUCGACCGUAUGGUUAGUUCAGGGAUAAGUCCUAAUGAAGCAUCCGUCACUUCAAUGGCCCGUCUUGCUGCUGCUAAAGGUGAUGGUGAUUAUGCUUUCAAGAUUGUCAAGGACUUUGUUUCUGCUGGCGGCACAUCGAUUCCCCGUCUGAGGACCUAUGCGCCGGCUUUGCUCUGUUUCUGCGAGAAGCUGGAGGCUGAAAAGGGUUAUGAGGUGGAGGAGCACAUGGAUGCUGCAGGUAUUGCGUUAGAGGAGGCUGAGUUCUCUGCUUUGUUGAAGGUGAGCGCUGCCACAAGCCGAGAAAGCAAGGUUUAUAGGUAUUUACAUAAGUUAAGGGAGUAUGUUGGCUGCGUUUGUGAGGAAACUUUGAAAAUCAUCGAGGAAUGGUUCUGUGGAGAGAAAGCUGGUGAGGUUAGUGAUAAUGGGAUUGGUUCUGGGAAGCUUAGAAAAGCUAUUAUGAAGAAUGGAGGUGGGUGGCACGGGCACGGGUGGGUUGGGGAAGGGGAAUGGAUUGUGAAGAAAGGUAAUGUUGACUCAACAGGGAGAUGUUUGAGCUGCAGUGAGCAGUUGGGUUGCGUAGAUGCCAAUGAGGUAGAAACAAAGAAGUUUGUGGAUUCUUUGGUGGCUUUGGCUAUGGAGAGGAAGGCAAAGAUGAAACCAUGCGUUAAAAAGGUGGACUUCAGUGAGUUUCAGGAGUGGCUUAAGAAACAUGGAGAGUACGAAGCUAUAAUAGAUGGAGCAAAUAUUGGGCUGUACCAACAAAAUUUUGCAGAAGGUGGUUUCAGUCUUCCACAGGUACAUUUUGCGAUAGAGCAGCUUGAAGCUGUGGUGAAAGAACUUUACCAUAAAAGUGGUGAUAACAAAUGGCCCCUGAUUCUAUUGCACCAAAAACGGGUCAGGACGCUUUUAGAAAACCCGACCCACAAGAAUCUGGUUGAGGAAUGGAUCAAUAACGGUGUCCUAUAUGCGACUCCACCAGGUUCUAAUGAUGAUUGGUAUUGGCUCUAUGCUGCUGCUAAGCUCAAGUGUUUGCUUGUGACAAAUGAUGAGAUGAGAGAUCACAUUUUUGAACUCUUAGGGAACAGUUUUUUCCAAAAGUGGAAAGAAAGGCAUCAGGUUCGGUAUACCUUUGCGAAAGGCAAUCUGAAGCUUGAAAUGCCUUCUCCUUUUUCGGUUGUUAUUCAGGAAUCAGUGAAAGGGUCAUGGCAUGUUCCUGUUUCAUGCCAAAACAAUGAGGAGUCUUCAAGAACUUGGAUCUGUAUUAGCAGAAAAAGUGUUUCGGAUUCACCUAAGACUAAUGAAAAGCUUUCAACCUCUGGAAAUGGGAAAGGUUCUUAGUAGCUGCAACAACAGCUUAUUGAGUUCAUGUGAUGAUCAGAGUUGAGAUAUUCUGAGAUCUAACAAUCGAGAGAGCCAUUAUUAGCCACCAUUGUUCUUUGUUGUGAGUUUUAUAUAUAUAUAUAUAUAUUCCAAGAAUAUUAACACAAAACAUCAUUGCUUUUACAUUUGAGAGGACUGAAUUUUGCCAUUUUGGUCAUUAGAAAGAAAAAAAAAUACUUUUUUGUUGUUGAAUAACCC